GCGUUCCUGCGAAUUCGAGUUAUACACGACGCCAACCAACGUUCGCGGUUCUACAAUUUUUCAAAGUAGGUAUCUCACCCGUGAAGAUGCACUUGAUUCUCUGUACCUUAAGCGUUUUCACGGUGUUCGCUUACGCCGAUCCUCGCCUAGGACAUCUGAAGCAUGUGGUCGGUAAUGCUUUACAAGCGCUUCCGAAAAAACUGCCGAACUCGACCUCGGUGCCGUUUUGGCAAUACUCAGAAGUGGAUCAGUUCUUGUGCCAAAACGCGGGGUAUUUCCCGAACGUUUGGAACUGCAAGUACUAUUACCAGUGUGUCAUCUACCUGCCUGGCCAUCUAGUUCGAUACAUUUAUGAGUGCAACGACGAUCUCGUGUACUCUGAUAGGGAUCAAAGCUGCGUUAUACCUAGCGAAGAAGAGAGAGCAAAAUGCAUUGCACAGAUCGAGAUGGAUCAAGACGAUAGGUCCCACCAGCAUAUUCGACUAGAGUCGAUUGAGGAUACCGAUGUAUCACUGCUUACCGACCAUCCGUUCAUUAUCGACACCACCUACGAUAAACACCUAGCCAAAACAACCACGAAUACGUCGGACUUCGCGGAAGGAUUGGCCAAAAUCGAUGCUAACAACAUUACUUCUAUUAACAUUACGGGCAAGAUGCACUACACCAACAAAGAUAAAUAUUUCGACAAAGGGACGAAUUACGACGCAAUGACGAAGAUCAUCAAAGGUCCUGCGGAAUCUGAAGCCAAUAAAACUGCGAAGCCACACUACACCCACAAACAUAAACUCCAUUUCGACAAAGGGACGAAAUACGACGCAAUGACGCGGAUCAUCAAAGGUCCUGCGGAAUCUGAAGCCAAUAAAACUGCGAAGAGCGUUGAAAAACUAAUGAAACUUAAUGCGACUGCAACUGCAACAACCGUCCAAGACUCCGUCCAAAAUUUAACAAAACCAGAAGCGAACAAAAUUACAAGUAUCAGUCCAAGUUCUAAGGGACCUGCAACGACCGAAAUUACAAAAACCGCCAAAGAUUCUACGGAACGAGAAAAGAUCGCAAUUACAACUAUCCCAGAUUCUGAGGAACCUGACAUCAUCGUAAUUACGGACUCCGCCGAAGAUUCUACGGAUCAAGGAUCGAUCAAAAUUAUAACUAUCCCAGAUUCUGAGGAAUCUGAUUCGAUCGAAAUUACGAGAACCACCUCAGAUUCCAUAAGAACUGAAACGAUCGAAGGUACCACCAUCCCAAGUUCUACGUCACCUAAAGCUUCUAAAAUUACGAAAACCGCCAAAGAUUCUACGGAACAAGAAAAGAUCGGAAUUACAACUAUCCCAGAUUCUGAGGAAUCUGACAUCAUCGUAAUUACGGACUCCGCCGAAGAUUCUACGGAUCAAGGAUCGAUCAAAAUUAUAACUAUCCCAGAUUCUGAGGAAUCUGAUUCGAUCGAAAUUACGGGAACCACCUCAGAUUCCAUAAGAACUGUAAUGAUCGAAGGUACAACCAUCCCAAGUUCUACGUCACCUAAAGCUUCUAAAAUUACGAAAACCGCCAAAGAUUCUACGGAACAAGAAAAGAUCGGAAUUACAACUAUCCCAGAUUCUGAGGAAUCUGACAUCAUCGUAAUUACGGACUCCGCCGAAGAUUCUACGGAUCAAGGAUCGAUCAAAAUUAUAACUAUCCCAGAUUCUGAGGAAUCUGAUUCGAUCGAAAUUACGAGAACCACCUCAGAUUCCAUAAGAACUGAAGCGAUCGAAGGUACAACCAUCCCAAGUUCUACGUCACCUAAAGCUUCUAAAAUUACGAAAACCGCCAAAGAUUCUACGGAACAAGAAAAGAUCGGAAUUUCAACUAUCCCAGAUUCUGAGGAAUCUGACAUCAUCGUAAUUACGGACUCCGCCGAAGAUUCUACGGAUCAAGGAUCGAUCAAAAUUAUAACUAUCCCAGAUUCUGAGGAAUCUGAUUCGAUCGAAAUUACGAGAACCACCUCAGAUUCCAUAAGAACUGAAACGAUCGAAGGUACAACCAUCCCAAGUUCUACGUCACCUAAAGCUUCUAAAAUUACGAAAACCGCCAAAGAUUCUACGGAACAAGAAAAGAUCGCAAUUUCAACUAUCCCAGAUUCUGAGGAAUCUGACAUCAUCGUAAUUACGGACUCCGCCGAAGAUUCUACGGAUCAAGGAUCGAUCAAAAUUAUAACUAUCCCAGAUUCUGAGGAAUCUGAUUCGAUCGAAAUUACGAGAACCACCUCAGAUUCCAUAAGAACUGAAACGAUCGAAGGUACAACCAUCCCAAGUUCUACGUCACCUAAAGCUUCUAAAAUUACGAAAACCGCCAAAGAUUCUACGGAACAAGAAAAGAUCGGAAUUACAACUAUCCCAGAUUCUGAGGAAUCUGACAUCAUCGUAAUUACGGACUCCGCCGAAGAUUCUACGGAUCAAGGAUCGAUCAAAAUUAUAACUAUCCCAGAUUCUGAGGAAUCUGAUUCGAUCGAAAUUACGAGAACCACCUCAGAUUCCAUAAGAACUGAAACGAUCGAAGGUACAACCAUCCCAAGUUCUACGUCACCUAAAGCUUCUAAAAUUACGAAAACCGCCAAAGAUUCUACGGAACAAGAAAAGAUCGGAAUUACAACUAUCCCAGAUUCUGAGGAAUCUGACAUCAUCGUAAUUACGGACUCCGCCGAAGAUUCUACGGAUCAAGGAUCGAUCAAAAUUAUAACUAUCCCAGAUUCUGAGGAAUCUGAUUCGAUCGAAAUUACGAGAACCACCUCAGAUUCCAUAAGAACUGAAACGAUCGAAGGUACAACCAUCCCAAGUUCUACGUCACCUAAAGCUUCUAAAAUUACGAAAACCGCCAAAGAUUCUACGGAACGAGAAAAGAUCGCAAUUACAACUAUUCCAGAUUCUGAGGAACCUGACAUCAUCGUAAUUACAGACUCCGCCGAAGAUUCUACGGAUCAAGGAUCGAUCAAAAUUAUAACUAUCCCAGAUUCUGAGGAAUCUGAUUCGAUCGAAAUUACGGGAACCACCUCAGAUUCCAUAAGAACUGUAAUGAUCGAAGGUACAACCAUCCCAAGUUCCACGUCACCUAAAGCUUCUGAAAUUACGAAACCCGCCAAAGAGUCUACGGAUCAAGAAUCAAUCAAAAUUAUAACUAUCCCAGGUUCUGAGCAACCUGACAUCAUCUUAAUUACGGACUCCGCCAAAAAUUCUGCGCAUCAUGAAUUGAUCGAAAAUGCAACUUUCCCAAGUUUUGAGGAACCUGACAUCAUCGUAAUUACGGACACCGCCGAAGAUUCUGCGGAUCAAGAAUCGAUCAAAAUUAUAACUAUCCCAGAUUCUGAGGAAUCUGAUUCGAUCGAAAUUACGAGAACCACCUCAGAUUCUAUGAAAACUAAAGCGAUGGAAGUUAAAACCGUCCCAAUUUGUAUGACACCUAAAGAGAUCGCAAUUACUAAAGUCGACUCUGAGCAGUCGGAGUGCUUUGUCGAAGCUUUCUUCGGCGAUUCCGAAAACUGUUCAAGGUUCUAUCGAUGUGUUCACUUCGGGGUCAAAUUUAUGAAGUACGAAUUUUUCUGUCCGCAUGGAACUAUUUGGGACGAUGAUCUGAAAACUUGCAACUUCCGAGCGGCAGUCAAGAAAAUAAACUGCAAAGACAGUCACAAGUAUCCGCUCUUUCCAUUUGCCGAACAGAAGGCUGUGAAUCCUGCCGAUUACUUGACGAAUCGAGUAGCUUUUAUUUGUCCGAUCGGUUUUCGGCAACAUCCAAAUUAUUGCAACGCUUUUUACCAAUGCACCGUCAACGAGAACCUCGAGUACGAUUUAACGGUAUUCCUGUGUCCCAAUGGCUCGAUAUUUGACCAGAGAAACAUCCGAUGCUCGAGAGAUCUAUCGAUCCGACGAAAUUCAUGCGUAAAUCUUGGAAUCGCAGAGAAAAAGCUCUCUUCGCGAAUCCUGAAACACUCAGAGAUUAAAAUGUGCCCAACGGAGGGUCGAUUUCAGUACGGAGGAAACUGUACCAGCAAGUACUUGCAUUGCAAACGCGACCAAUUUGGAAUGCUCGAAGGUUAUUUGUUCCUUUGUCCACGAGGACAGCUGUUCUCUCCAACUGAGAAGAAAUGCGUAUCUUCAACACUUUUCCCUCUUUGCAAAAAUAUUAAUACACCUUUUUCUAGCAAAUCUUAUUUAUUGUAAUCGUAUACUAGUGAUAUUAUAACGAAGUAAUAUUAAAAAGGAAUUACUACGACGGCAA